UUCCCUACCCAUUAUGUGCCAGUUCCACACAGGGCACUGGGUAUACACAUCAAGUGGACAAGACAGAGUCACUGUUGUCUCGGAGCUUAGAAUCGUCUAAUCGACAGUCUCAGAAACAGGACAUUCUUCCAUGUAGCCAAAACAAAUCCUUUCCUUCUGUUAAACAACCAGCUUUUACUGAGAAGCAUCUUAAUGCCAAGCCCAGUACAGGGACUUAGAGAUGUGACAACGAGCAAACGUGGUCUUGGCCUCCCUGGAACCUAGUGCAGAGAUACAUACAGGAUGCUUGCGUUUGCCAUACUGUAUUGCAGAGACGCAUGCGCAGGGAACUGUGGGGCUAGAGGACAGGCACCAGCCCAGGUUGGGAGGAUCAGGGUGGCAGAGGGGAUGCCUGAGCUGCUGUCAAGGAAUGAGUGGGAAUUAGCCAGGGGAAGAGGAGGGAUAGGGAAUCCUGGGCUCUGAAGAUGAAGGCAGGGACAAAAGCAACAGUGUGGUGUAUGCAGAGAAUGGUGGGCCUUUGGGGUUGGUCAGGCAGACAGGAGUGGCAGGAAGCUCUGGACAUGUUCCGAGGCCAGGAAGCGUCUUUUUGGUGCAUGGUGAGGUGUGUAGACUUCGGCAGUGGGGUGUGGCUGAAGAGGUGGAAGCAAGGGGGUGACACAAUUGGAUCUGGGUGUGAGCUUGCUCUCACUGGCUGCUGGGGGAAGAGGGGGAAGUGGCCGUGCAGAGACAGAGGCAGCUGCAGUAUCCGGGUGAGACAGUGAGAGCCCGAACUGGGCCAAGGCUGGGCAGCUAGGGAGAGAGGUGGUGGAGCCCAGGGUCUCAGCGUGGCCUCUGGGGUCAGGAGGGUGUGGGUUCUAAUUCUGCUUCAGCCACUUACUGCUUUUGAAACCUUGGGCAAGCCAGUUAAAGUCACGGGGCCUCGGUUUCCUCCUCUCCAAAAUGAGGAUAAUAGCACCCACCCUGGUCUCCUCAUGGUCAUUGUACAGUACUGGCACAGGGCCUGACUCAGUUCAUGCUCGCCAAAUGGUACUGCUGCUGUUACCAGGAGGCACAGAGAGGAGGGGACAGGGUGGAGAGAUAAUUAGAAUGUAGAGUGGGCAGGUUUUGGUCAAUGGCUGGACAUGGACUUCUGGUCCUCAACUGCCCAUCCUGGCCUGGGGAGGUGGUGGAGUGAGGGAGGCAGAGGCAACCAGCUAGCUGCCUUCAGUCUGGGGCCUGGCCCCUGGAGCAGCCCCCGGUCUGGGCCACCUCCCCAGAACCACACUACCAGUGUCGUGCGUGUGCGUGCGUGAGUGUGCGCCUGUGAGUGUAGGGAAGGGCGCUCUAGAGGAAGCAAAUCCCGUUCCUCAAUCCCAUGGCUUGUGAAGCUCAGCCUUGUGCUGACUUCCUCCUCAUGAAAUCGAUGACUGUGGGCUGGAAGCACCAGUCGUCCUUUGGGCUGGGAGUCAGGAUGUCACAUUUUAGUCCUGGCUCAGCUACCAAUCGCUCAUGAGCCCUGAGAACCACUAUCUGUCUCCAGAUUCAGUUUCCCCAGCUAUAAAACGUGAUUGUGUAGAUGGUACGAGUCUCUCCAGCUGAGUUCUAAGAAGCUUCAGCAGUCAGAGCUAAUCGAUGCCUUGUCCUGGGUGGAAGGAGACCUCGGAGGGGGCUGGGGUUCCCACACCUCCCAGCUUUGGAUAACACUGUAGGGCCCUUUGCAUGACCUCGCUCACUCCCAAUAGCCCCUAGCUGGGGAGGGCUCUGUGGACAGCAUGAACCCUACUGCCCAGCUAAACCACCCCCUCCACCAUGGACCCCUAACACCUCUCCCUUGUCUCUUUCGUCUCCAGUCUCCUGCCGGCAGGAAUAAACUUUCCAGGCUAAGUUAGAUAGAUGGUCCCCGUUAGCCUGACGGGCUGCCCCCUCCUGCCUCCCCACCCACUCCCUCGUCAAGAGAGCUGCCUGUGUGUGGGGGGGAGGCAGGGGGCUAAGAGCAUUUGGGUGGGGGUUGGGGGUCCCCUGCCCCAAGAGCAGGAAUGGUGCCCCCUGGGAAGAAACCAGCGGGAGAGGCCUCCAACUCCAACAAGAAGUGCAAGCGUUACUUCAACGAGCACUGGAAACAGGAGUUUACCUGGCUGGACUUUGACUAUGAGCGGAAGCUGAUGUUCUGCCUCGAGUGCCGCCAGGCCCUGGUGCGGAACAAGCAUGGCAAGGCCGAGAACGCCUUCACGGUGGGCACCGACAACUUCCAGCGCCACGCCCUGCUGCGCCACGUCACCUCAGGAGCCCACCGCCAGGCUCUGGCUGUCAACCAGGGCCAGCCGCCUUUGGAGGGCCAGGCUGAGGGAGGAGGGGCCUGCCCAGGCCUGGCUACCACCCCCACCUGCAAGGGCGUCAAGGUGGAGGUGGACCCAGCCAAAGUGGCUGUGCUGACCACUGUGUACUGCAUGGCCAAGGAGGAUGUGCCCGACGACCGCUGCUCUGCCCUGCUCGAGCUGCAGAGGUUCAACCUGUGCCAGGCGCUGCUGGGCACAGAGCAUGGCGAUUACUACAGCCCCAGGAGGGUGAGGGACAUGCAGGUGGCCAUUGCCAGCGUCCUGCACACAGAGGCCUGCCAGCGCCUGAAGGCAUCCCCGUAUGUGGGGCUGGUGUUGGACGAGACCAAGGACUGGGCUGAGUCCCACAGUCUGGCCCUGUUUGCCACUUCGGUGUCCCCCUGCGAUGGCCAGCCUGCCACCACCUUCCUGGGCAGUGUGGAGCUGCAGGAGGGUGAGGCCACGGCUGGCCAACUCCUGGACAUCCUGCAGGCCUUUGGCAUAUCCGCACCCAAGCUGGCCUGGCUCAGCUCAAGCCUCCCCAGUGACCGCCUGAGGAGUGUAGGCCCCCAGCUGCGGGCCACUUGCCCACUCCUCACGGAGCUGCACUGCCUCCCUGGCCGGACAGACCCUGAGCCCCCUCCCUACCUGGGUGAAUAUGAGAGCAUACUGGAUUCCCUAUUCCGCCUCCAUGGUGGCCCCAGUUCCCAUAUGGUCCCUGAGCUCCGGGCAGCAUUGGACCUUGCAGCUAUUGACUUGGCAGGGCCCCGGCCAGUGCCCUGGGCCUCCCUGCUGCCUGUCAUAGAAGCUGUGGCUGAGGCCUGGCCUUGCCUGGUGCCCACCCUGGAGUCUGCAGCCCCAGCCUCGCCUACGGCUGGGGCCCUGGCCCUGGCCCUGCGCCAGUUCACCUUUGUGGCCUUCACACAGCUGCUGCUGGACGCUCUGCCCUCUGUGCAGAAGCUCGCCCUUGUCCUGCAGCCAGAAGAGCCGGACUUGGCCUUGCUGCAGCCCCUGGUGAUGACGGCUACAGCCUCCCUCCAAGCUCAGCGCGGCUCAGGUGGGGCCCGCCUCCAGAGCUUCCUGCAGGAACUGGCGUCCUCGGACCCUGACGCGGGCAGCGGGCGCUGCACCUACCGCGGCGUGGAGCUGCUCGGCUACUCCCAGGCUGCGGUCCGGGGCUUGGAGCAGCUCCGGGGGUCUUUCCUGGACUCCAUGCGGAGGGGGCUGCGGGACUCCUACCCCGGGCCCUCGCUGGACGCCGUGGCCGCGUUCGCGGCGAUCUUCGACCCCCGCCGCUACCCGCAGGCGCCGGAGGAGCUGGGCGCACACGGCGAGGGCGCGCUGCGGGUGCUGCUGCGGGGCUUCGCGCCUGCCGUGGUGCGCCAGCGGGCGCUGGGCGACUUCGCCCUCUUCAAGCGCGUGGUGUUCGGCCUCGGGCGGCUCGGCCCGCGGGCCCUGUGCGCCCAGCUGGCGUGCGAGCACUCCGAGCUGCACGAGCUCUUCCCCGACUUCGCCGCACUCGCCGCCUUGGCCUUGGCGCUGCCCGCGGGCGCCGGCCUCCUGGACAAGGUCGGCCGCAGCCGGGAGCUGCGGUGGUGGGGGCAGAGCGGGGCUGGGGAAGGCCGGGGCGGCCACGUGGUGAAGAUUGCAGUGGAUGGGCCCCCGCUGCAUGAUUUUGACUUUGCGCUGGCCGUGGAGUUCUUAGAGAGUGGGUGGGGAGAGGGGCUCCUCGGGUCUCAGCUCACCUAAAGGUGACCGCCUUCUGUCUGCCCAGCCAGCCUGGGGCCCUGGGCACUCCAAGGGCCAAGCUGGGCCUGACCGUGCUAACCCCAGGCUGACUUAGUAGCUAUGGACUCCCUGGGCCCUGGGGCCCCCCACCUGCCUUCCACAUGCUUGCUCUGCCUGGUGGACUGUGGAGGAAGGGACUGGGUCCAGAGGGGCCUGGGCAUGUGGGCAGGAGGUGCUAGGGUCUGGGGCACUCUAAGUCACUCCUGUCAUUUGCAGAGUUGGUGAGGAGUAGCUAGCUCACCCUUUAAUCUUCUAGACUCGGCCCAAGUUUUGGCCCUAGAAAAAAAGAUGGGAGUUCUUGGUUGGAGGCAGGAAACCUGGGCCUCAGGAAUUGACAGGUGAGGAAAAGGAGAAUUGGCCCUUGACUAUGUCCUAGACCCGCUCCUGACAGUAACCCUUCUCUUCACAUGUGACUGGGGAGCGCCAUACUUGUUUUUGACACACAGCACAUCACCCUCUCUGUGCAGAAGCUAGUGGUUCGAGGGCACAACAGUUCAAGAGAGGUAGUGGUGCCCUCCCUCUCCUCCUUACCAAUAAGCUGCCUUAGGGCUUUUCUGUAUGUGACAGUGUAUAUAGACUUAUAAGUCUAUAAAUGUAAAAUAAAUCUAUCCUAUCUUUCAUAGUGUUAACACACAAAAAUCUAAAAGGACUUCUUUUGGUUUUGCAAUGACAAGGGCCAAAAAAGUCCCAAAUGGACUGAAUUUUUUGCUAAGUUUUUCUUCCUCAAAGUCUGGUUGCUCUCCAAGUUCCUAGCCCUCCCCUGCCCAUGCCUCAGAUCUUUAAGACCAAAGACUGCAGAACCACAGUGCUGUACCUGCUGCCUCUGGGGCCUGGCCUCGGGCCUGACCCGGGAAUCCGUGUUUAUUUGUCUCCUGGGGGAAGCGGUUUUGGCCUCACCAGAGCUGGGGAUCACAUCCCUUCAGAUCCCAUGGGGUUCCCAUUCCUGCCGGUCUGCCCGUCCGCCCUGGCUGUGAAUGUGUGGGGAUCUGGAGGGAGGGGAAGAUAGUUAGAGUGAGAGGGGAGGGGCCUGGCCUUUUCCCUAGACCCCGGGGUUUGAGUUUAAUUUGCAAUAAAGUGGAAACCCAGCACAUAA